GUGUUUCGUUGUCAAAUGUCAGACCAGUUUCCAUCGAAUGCAACAUGAAGUUACCGAUCCUGUACUAAACGAUGCGCGACCAAUGACCGGUGCAGACACUCCCGCAUCAACCGCUGCUGCAGCAGUGAACUUGACAACAGUUCAAAUGCCACAAUCUCAGGAAACAUCGCAACAAGCACUCAAUGAGGAUAGUCCGAUGAAGCUAGAGGAUGACCAUCGAUUUGUACACAACUACCCACCGACUAAAUCACACAGUAGUACUUCGUUAUCAGGAACGGUUCAAGCGACCAUGACGAAAGCAGAAAAUAUCAGUACGGAAGCGCCGGCUCAUAAUCAUCGUAUGGAUGGAUUAUCACCGCGUUCGUAUUUGGACUCCACGGUGGUGCCAACAUUGUUAGACGGUAUGAAACUUUUGGUCUCCGAAAGACCUGCGGAUCCCCUUGCAUUUUUAGGAAGAUAUCUUUUGGAACGCUCCACAGCCAAUGAUGGGGAAGAUAGAAAGCAUUGAUAACGAAAACCACGGUAACGGCAGUGAACAUAAAACAAAACAAAAAAUCAAAGGGAACCCUUUCUGGAUGGCAAAAUAAUUUUCAUCGUCCGCCCUCAUAUUCAUUACUUUUUGUUCCUUUGUGUGUGACAAGAAAAAAAAAUCCAAUAACUGCUGGCCGUUGUCUACUUCUGACUUCCCCUUUUAUUUCAUCUCCUUCACGUAUCUACGGAUACAGCCACUUUUUAUACACCUUAUUUCUUCCAUCUUUUUUACACUCCUUUUUUCGCCUUCAAGUCUCUUUACCUUCCCUCACACACUUCCUCCA